AUGAUCACAAAAAGCAAACAAGCAAGUCAGCACGCCGCAGACUUACGAGAGACGUUUCUUACCCUUCGAAAGCACCAAAUGAAACUCAAUCCUGACAAGUGUGUGUUUGGAGUUACCGGAGGAAAGUGCCUCGGCUUCCUGGUAGACGAGCGAGGCAUUGAAGCAAAUCCUGAUAAGAUCCGGGCUAUACAGAACAUGAGAUCCCCCACCUCAGUAAAAGAAGUACAAAAGCUCACGGGGUGCGUGGCUGCUCUUGGAAGAUUCCUUUCCAAGUCCGCGGAUAAAUGUUCACCCUUCUUUAAUACAAUAAAACAACAGAAGUUCGAGUGGACAGCAGAAGCAGAAGAGUCCUUCCGCCAACUUAAAGAGCACCUGUCCACCUUGCCAAAACUAGUUUCCCCCAUCAAAGGGGAGAGGCUAGUCCUAUAUGUCUCUGUCUCCGAAUAUUCGUUAUCCGGUCGAAAAAGUCAUAUUCGCAAUCGUCAUGGCAAGCAGGAAAUUGAAGCCCUACUUUCAAUCCCACCAGCAAUCAAAGCCCAAGCUCUGGCUGACUUCAUUGCUGAAAGCACUCUCCCCUAUCAUCUUGAACCCAAUCAGGAAUGGAAGUUGUAUGUAGAUGGGUCCUCAACACAAUCAGCAAGUGGGGCUGGACUCCUCAUUGUGUCUUCCGCCGGGGUCCGUAUGGAAAGGGCGGUCAGGUUCGAGUUCGCAGCAUCCAACAACGAGGCCGAAUAUGAAGCAUUAUUGAUGGGACUGAGAAUUUGCUACGAAGCGGGAGCCAAAAAAUUGUCCGCCUUCUCUGACUCCCAAUUGAUUGUUGGACAAGUGAACGGGGAAUUUGAAGCUAAAGAUGAUAGCAUGAAAAUGUACCUGCAGCAAGUAAAGGAAUUUGUUCAAAAAUUCGACAAGUUCACGUUGGAGCACAUUCCAAGAUCCCAGAAUGCCCAGGCUGAUUCCCUAGCGAAGCUUGCCAGCUCAGCAGAAACAUCCGCGGCUCGAGACAUAAUCUGGGAAGUGCUUCCUAACCCCAGCAUCAACUUCAUGGUCGAUACCAUCGACAGAUCAGAAACAUGGAUGGAGCCAUACAUCGAAUAUUUGCGAAAUCAGACGCUUCCCCAAGAUGAAAGUCAGGCCAAAAUGCUCCGGAAGAAAGCCAGAUGGUUCGAACUCCACGAAGGAACGCUCUACAAGAAGUCAUAUACACACCCCCUCUUGAAAUGCGUAUCCCCUGAAGAAGGAAACUAUAUCCUCCGCGAAAUACACGAAGGUGGAUGCGAUAAUGGAAGGCAGUUCGUCAGCAAGAACACCAUCGAGUACUGCGACAAGUUUAACAUCCAAAUCAGAUUCAGUUCAGUGUCCAGGCCGCAAACUAAUGGUCAAGUAGAGUCCGCGAACAAAGAGAUCCUGAAUGGCAUUAAGAAGAAGAUAGAGGGGGUCAAAGGGUUCCAAGACCAAAAAUCACUUGAAGUAUUUGACAUCCGUUCGUAG